AUGAACUGCCCAUCAAGGACCGAUCCUGAGAUCCCAUCUGGGUUCAAUCAGAGCCCCAACUCUCUGGCCGCAGACACCACGACGAGAAGUGAUCUUGGGCAGGUGGCGAGUGCUAGAAUCCAACACGACCACAAGUUGAAGACCAAGGACGGCCCAAAUGUCGAAUUGACGCAACUGGGCGGACCCAGCGAUGCCGAUGGAAUGCGAAGGAGGAAGUCUCAAGGCGAUGGAGCAAGCAUCGCCCACUCUGGGUUUGGAGAGCAGAUGCUCGGGCAAACGCUCGGCACAUCAGGCCCUCCAAACCCACGACUGCCAUUCUGGCGGUCACCAUUCAGGCGAAGCGGACAAGUGAUGUGGAAAUUCAUGCAGUUUGUUGGUCCUGGUUUCAUGAUUGCAGUGGCGUACAUCGACCCAGGCAACUAUGCUACCGACGCUGCUGCUGGAGCCUCUUAUCGAUUUAGGCUUCUUUUCAUGGUCCUACUGUCCAACAUCUUCGCCAUUUUCCUACAGUCGCUCUGCAUCAAGAUGAGCACUGUCACUGGCCUCAACCUGGCCGAAAUGAACAAGGCGCAUUGUCCGCGCUGGCUCAACUAUGUCCUCUACUUCUUUGGGGAGGCCGCGGUCAUUGCCACUGAUAUAGCGGAGGUCAUUGGAUUCGCAAUCGCACUCAACCUGCUUGCGCCCAAGUUACCGAUCGUAGCUGGAUGCGCUAUAUCGAUCCUCGAUGUAAUGUUCAUUCUUCUUCUCUAUCGUCCGGAAGGCUCGAUGAAGGCGCUGCGACUAUUUGAGGGCUUCGUCAUGCUUUUGGUGCUAGGUGUGGCGAUUUGCUUCUGCUUUCAAAUGUCGCUAAUCAAAAACACCUCUGUCGGCGAUGUCUUUAAAGGAUACCUGCCUUCAAGUGCGUUGGUGGAAAAUCAAGGACUCUACCAGGCAUGCGGCAUUCUAGGUGCUACUGUCAUGCCUCACUCGUUGUAUCUCGGCAGCGCAUUGAACCAGCCACGACUCCAACACUUCGACAUCAAACACAACAACUACAGUCGAACUGUGAUUGAGCACAGCGACGAUGAUGACACCUCGAUGGCCCCGCCAGAGAAGUACAGACCGUCGCUCCAGGCCAUUAACAGCUGCAUGAAGUACUCCAUCAUCGAGCUUGCAAUCUCGCUGUUCACAUUUGCCCUAUUCAUCAACAGCGCGAUCCUGAUCGUCUGUGGCGCCUCGCUCUACUCGGUCGACGGGGCGCAAGAUGCAGACCUCUUCGGCAUCUACAACCUGCUUCGCGACCAGCUCAACCACGCCGCAGCCACCGUAUUCGCGGUCGCACUUCUGCUGUCCGGAUGCUCUGCCGGUAUUGUCUGCACAAUGGCUGGACAGAUCAUCAGCGAAGGUCAACUGAACUGGAAGCUGAAGCCUUGGGUCACCAGACUGCUCACACGAUCGAUCUCCAUCGUUCCAGCCAUUUUAGUCGCUGGAACCAUCGGAAAGAAGGGCCUGUCAGAGGCCUUAGUCGGGUCGCAAGUGGCGCUCAGUGUCAUCUUGCCGUUUGUCACAGCUCCGUUGAUCUACUACACCUGCCGCAACAAGUACAUGACAGUCAUCACAUCAGGCUCUAGCAGCAACCCUCGUAACGAGGUGGAUGAGUACGGAAACGCGGUCCCGACGCAGGUGAAGAUGAAGAAUCACUGGACUGUGACCAUUUUGGGGGUGGCUAUCUGGAUCAUCAUUGUCAUCAUGAACGUUGCCAACAUCGUUCUGACUGGACUUGGCAAGAACUAA